AUGGAGGUAGACGAGGCUACGAGAAAGUGGAUUCUUUCUCAAUUCGGUCCUGUUGACGACGAGACCAUAAAGAGGCUUCUCUCAGUGAAGGAUAUCUUUAAUUACUCCAAUGAGGACCUAUACAUUCAAUGGGAGGCAUUUGUUGUAACUCAAGAGAAUGGUGAGUUGGACGUCACGGCUGAAAAUAUCGAUAGGUUUCAAGAAUGGGCACAAAGAACAAUCAACUCAGAAUCUACAAGGAAAGUGGCAUCAGCUAAGAAGACCGUCGAGGGAAGAAGGAAACCAAUGAUGCGUUCAACAAUGGAGCUAUCAUCGAGUCCCGGAGCUGGUAUUCCCUCGACACCGCAACUAAAGAAACGGAAAGUUGACUUGGCAAGUGAUCCUCCAUUAACGUCAAGCCCCUCUCAUUUCGCAACGGCUGAUAAUACCAUGUUGUCUCUGAGUACCAUGAAGCCAGAGGCAGAUUCACUGUACGAGUCAAACACAGUAUUAGAGUGUCUCAAUCCGACCAUUGAUGUCACUGAGCUGAAUGACAGCGCAGCUCGUCUCUCUGCCAACUUCGACCCAGAGAAAUUCAAAUUCAGAACAAUGGCCAUGAAGCUCUUGGAGAGUGCUGAUGUUUUGGAUGAUCAAAUUGACGUCUUUAGUCAGAAAUUCUCCGCGGAGCUUAAAGAUAAAGGAAUCGAGCUUGGUAAUCCGUGCAUGAAUCUGCAGUCAGAUAUCGCCUGUUGUGGACGAAUAGUGCCCGACUCUCCACACUAUGAUGCCAUGCUCACCCAGAGUUUGAACGAUAAAUCAUUGUAUUUGGAGACGUCUCGUCUUGGAGGAAUUGGGCAGCGGAUUCCUUUAGACUUAUCGAACUUGACGGAGUUUUCCUUCUUCCCAGGUCAGAUUGUUGGUUUAAAAGGAAGAAACCCAACCGGUCGUACUUUUGUCGUACACGAGGUGCUCUCAUUGCCUGAAUUGGGGUCACCAGUAUCCAAUGUGGCAGAGUUACAAGACUUUCAGCGAAACAGCAAAGGUGAAAGUCUCAAAAUUGUGAUUGCGUCAGGACCAUUCUCCAAUCAUCACACACUCAACUUCACCAAGUUAGAAAACUUUGUUCAACAUAUCAACAAUGUCGUCAAACCUCACGUUCUCAUCUUGUUUGGUCCACUUCUUGACAUCACCAAUGACGCUGUUGCUGCAGGGGAACUUGAAAUUCCGGAGACACCCGCUAACCAGCAGCCCAGAAAUCUUGACGAGUUUCUCAAAACCAAGGUCUCGCCCAUUCUCAAAAAAAUUGACACAAGAGUUCAAGUGAUCCUCAUCCCUUCAUUACGGGACUCUGCAAGCAAGCAUGCAUCAUAUCCACAAUCAGCAUUUGACAGAAGGAAGCUUGGCCUUCCGAAAAACUUCAAGUGUUUUCCAAACCCUUCAACCUUCUCAAUUAACGAGAUAGUCCUCGGUGCUUCUAACGCUGAUAUUUUCAAGGAUCUCAAAGACGUGUACAAGAGCACUGUUUCCCCCGACAAAAGCAAGCUCUUCUCUAAUAGAUUCGAAAGAAUAGCUAACCAUAUUUUCGAGCAAAGACGGUACUAUCCGUUUCUACCUGGUUUUGUGAAAAGGCAAACGCUACCAAAAGAGAAAUCUGAAAGGUUGAUCGGCUUGACUGACGGAAGCGUUGCAGAAGAUCUCUUAGAAACGCAGAUCGGCGGAGCUAGUCUAGAAAUGCCUUAUAUGGGUCUUACAGAGUUGAUCGACUCUCUACCAGACAUAAUGGUUAUACCCUCAGAGCUCAAAUUCUUUGCCAAGGUUAUUAAGGGCGUGAUCGUCAUUAACCCGGGACAAUUUGUGCGUGCUCACAAGGACCCAAGUAAGGAAGAUGGCAGUUACGUUGUGAUGGGAAUUGCACCCCCCGACAUAGAUGGGAAAGGGAAUGUUGAGCAAGUGGAAGGCUCAAAGGACUUGUUCUAUAACAACGUGUACCUGAGAGCGAAGGUGGAGAUCAUGAGGAGUUGA